CGAAAGUUUUGUCCUGCCAAUAUCGCCUUCUACAAACGAUACAUCUCACUGGCAUUGAUAGCUUUGGGGCAUCAUUGAUGUUGGUCAAGGUUAUCGUUUCUAUCUUACUACCCUCCUCAUACCAGGCCUUCUGUGAUAUACCUCUGACUACGCUACUAUCGUCUUGUGACUUUACAUCGUGGACAUUCUUAUUAGAAGAUUCAGAUUUCAUAAGUCAUGUUCCAUCAUUGGGCCGAAGAAACAGUUCAUGUGGUAGGAUUCAAGGUGCUCCUCCUUUUCUGCCCAUUACAGCCUUAGAUUUCAUAUUAAAGACAUGUGCUUGCCCAUUGUUCACAUAUUUCAACGUCAACAGAUCUAACACCAUCGUUUUCAGCGUGCCGAAUGCAAACAAACAAGCGUCACAACAUUUGGGAAUGGGAUUCUUAAUUGGAUAGGACUUCUUGUGGCAUCAUCGUGAAGACUAGAACGUCCCGUUGAUCUGAUGCUGAUCGACUAUCAGAUGUUCAUAACACAUCAUCCCGGAUUAUUACUGUUGGAUCAUAUGCUUGUGACUAGACAGAAAGAACUAAGAAGUACGUAUAUCUGCCAUUGAUACUUAGUACGACUCCUC